AUUGUCAGUGUUUGUGAAAAGAUGAAGAGUGUUUUGCUGUGUGAUUCAGACUCAAUUGAGUGGUGAAGUUCUGUCAGGGCUAUAAACGAAAGGCAACUUCAACUGGAAAACCAGUGUGCAGAGGGCCGGCCAGGACCAGGUCACUACUGGACCCUGCUCUGAGACAGGCCGUUGAGAGCUCUUUCUGUGUCCAUCAUGGAAAGAAUCAUCAUAAGGCAUCCGAUAGAAACUCCAGUACGCUACCAGGAGGAAUUUGAAGCCCGAGGCCUUGAAGACUGCAGGCUGGAUCACAGUUUGUAUGCUCUGCCAGGGCCAACCACUGUGGACCUGGGGAAGGCCAGGUCAGCCCAGAAUCCCGCAGAAGCUGAGAAGCAGCCAGCGGGGGACAGCAAACCUCGUUUUCAGAUCCUGCUGGAUGUGGUGCAGUUCCUCCCUGAAGAUGUCAUCAUCCAGACUUUUGAAGGCUGGCUCCUGAUCAAAGCUCAACACGGCACCAGAAUGGAUGAGCACGGGUUUGUCUCAAGAAGCUUCACCCGGCAAUAUAAGCUACCAGAUGGCGUUGAAACCAAAGACAUAUCGGCUCUCUUCUGCCACGAUGGCAUUUUGGUGGUGGAAGUAAAAGACCAUGGAAGGGUUAACUGAAUUACUGCCACUUACUGCUAAUAAGAUAGUAGUGUGUGCCUUAGUGCAGGUCUGACUGACAGCGCUGUGUGAUGAGAGCUUGCAUGAUUGUGGCCUCCUUGGCUGCAUUUACAGUGGGGAUUAAAAAAAUAUUUGAAUAUAUUCCUUGGUACCUUGAGUUUGAUUGUUCAUUUUCUCUUAGUGGAAAAUGGUUAGCAAUUUUCCUACAGUACAGAGCUAUGCUGCUUAUGCAGCUGAAAACUUAUGACAAUUUGAGAUAAGUAUUUCUGAUACCGUUGUAAUGCAAAACAGGUGUGCUAACUGCAGUGCUAAGGCAUGCAGGACUGAAAUGGUAAUAACCAGCUACGAUAAUUAUACUAAGGAAAGGAAUUAACAUGACAAUUUUGAAAAAAGAGUUGGAACCUCUGCAAAAUAUAGUGCUUCUGCUAACUUUGAUUUUUUUUCACUUCAAUGUAUUUUUAUCAAAAUUGAGUCUGGUAGGGUGGCAAAAAUGGAAAAAGCACUGGACCUGGAGUCAGGAGGCUUGAUUUCAAAUCCUUAUUUUGCUAUAUACUUACUGUGUGACCUUGGGCAAGUAAGGUAAUUUCAUUUCUCGGGACCUUGAUUUUCUCACCUGCAAAAUGAAGAGAUUGGAUUAGAGGACCCCUUCUCACUCCAAAUCUAUGAUUCUAGAUAAACCUUUUUGUUUCUCCAAUAGAAAGACAGUGCACAUUUGUGGAAUGUUUUUGCAUCUGUAGGUUUGUUGUAAACAAAACCAUAUACCAGCUAAACUCUGAUUGUAAUGCCAUCUGUGGACUUAUAAGACUACACAUUUGCUAAGGUUCUCAUGAUUGUUUUACAACUCAAAAUACAGCUAGGAAACCAUUUUUUAAAAACCUACUUAUCCUUUUGAAAGCUUUGGUUAAAAAGACAAUUAUGAGACUUGGAAAAAUUGACAAUAUCCAGAAAAUGGCAAAUGCUUAUUCAUUGUCUCCAGAUAAUCCUUCUAUCUUUAAAUAUUCUAACAGACAGCCAGGAAUUUAAAAAAGAAAAGAAAAAGAUUUGUCACAUAGUCAUAAAUACCACUGUGCUUACACAGCAUGCCUCGUAGCGAUCAUAUUACAGCUUGCCCUCUCUUAACCAGUUAGCUUAUUCAAAAGAACAAAAAUUAAGACUUUAGUAAAAGUAUAUGCUUAUUGUUUUAUGAAGGUCGAUUCCAAUAGCUGGUCUGUUGCAUUGCACAAAUUUACUAUAUCCUUGCUGUAAACGCUAAACAUUUCUUGGGGGGUGGGGGGGUGGCCGUGUAGGAAGGGACUUGGCUACCUCCUUUCAUAUGUACUUACAAGAAGCAUGACUGCAGUUCUAUGAAUAGAAGAGGAAUGCCUAAUGGCCAGAGCCAAGCUAAAUAGAGACUUUCCUGCUAUCAGAACACUGUGUGAUCAAAUUCAAUCAAUUUUUGAUUAAAUUAAUUAACAAUACAAAAGGAAAGGACAUAAGGAAAAGGGAAAAGACAAUAUAAUGAAAAACAACAUUCUAACUCAAAACAAAGAUUUCCUCCAGGAUUAAAGCAGUAGAGAUGAUAUGUGCUUCUGUAUUCUGUGGAUGUGUGCUUAUAUUAUAAAGUUUUGCAAUCAACUGUCCCAAAAUGAAUAUCAGUGAUUUUCUCUGUAGUUACCUUAGGGGAUUGCUCUCAUAUUCCAUUAAUUGAAGCAUUCAUGCUAAAAAAUCCAGCUGAUUGCUAUGGGAGUUAUUAUUUAUAUAACCAAUAUUACUCCUUACAGUGGUUCCCCUCCUUUUUCAAAGCACUGGGGUUACAUAAAACCUUUAAUCAUUAGUAAGUGAGCCAGGUGGUGGCAAGAGCAUUGAAUUUGGAGAAGGAAAUUCUGGGUUCAAAUCUUGACUCUUCUACUAAGUACCUGUGUGAAUUUAGGUAAGAUAAUUUAUCUCUGUAGGUUUCAAUGUUCUCAUCUACAAAAUUAGGAGAUUGUAUCAAAUCAUCUCUAAGGUGAUGUGGCUCUAAAGCCCAUGGAACAUAAUAUUCAGUAAAAUUUGAAAGCUAAGUAAAAAUUAUUUCUGUAUGUCAGUAAACGUUUCAAAACCUGUUGAAUGAUGAAAACUCUGAUGAUGGUGAUGCUUCAAGAACUAAAUGUGGAUAUGCAACAAGAAAUGGUCCCUAGUGAAGUGACUUGAACUGGUCACAAAUAACUGCAGCCUGUGUUCCUGAGUAGAUAUAUCCCUUUAAAGUAUCCCUUCUCUAGAAACAAAAUGACUUGUGUAUUUUCAUUUUUUGUUCCUUUUCUCAAGAAGAUGAAGUAGAUGUUUUGUUUUGAUGGUCUGAGAUGAUCUGUUAUCUGUGAAGCUUAAAAUAAAACACGGCUAGGG